AUGGCCGUGUCUGUUUAUGCCCCGCACGUUGUGCGGAGCAAAUACUACCGGGGCACUCCAAAAGUCACCUUUUUUGCUUCCUCCACUAGCAAGGCCACAGCUACAACAGCCUGCAAACACGUGGGCCAGCCUCUGCUGACCGGGUCCAAAAGCCGGGACAAGUACCCUACAGGCUUCCUGAUCCCCACCCAGUCUUGCUGGAGUGCUUGUGGCCUGUACGUGCUGAUCUCCUCUCUCCUACAGGCACUCAAUGGCUUUGUGCUGGUGGUGACAUCAGAAGGGCUGAUAUUUUACUCCUCACAUACAAUCCAGGACUAUCUGGGAUUCCAUCAGACAGAUGUCAUGCACCAGAGUGUCUUCGAGCUGAUCCACACCGAGGACCAGCCGGAGUUCAGGCGCAACCUCCGCUGGGCCCUGGACGCACCAGGUGCUCCUGGGGGUGAGCCCUCUCCAGCAGCAGGGAAGAGUCUUGGCUCUUCUGCUGUCACCUACAAGCCGGAUCAGCUGCCCUCAGAAAACUCCUCCUUCCUGGAGAGGAGCUUUGUGUGCCGCUUUCGCUGCCUCCUGGAUAAUUCCUCUGGCUUCCUGGCUUUGAACCUUCAAGGCAGGCUGAAAUUCCUUCAUGGGCAGAACGAAAGGUCUGAAGAUGGCUCUGUCCUGCCCCCCCAGCUCGCUCUGUUCGCCAUCUCCACGCCCCUGCAGCCGCCGUCCAUCCUGCAGAUCCGAACCAAGAACGUGAUCUUCAGGACCAAGCACAAGCUGGACUUCACCCCCUUGGCGUGUGAUGCCAAGGGGAAGAUUGUCCUGGGCUACACCGAGGCGGAGCUGCGGACGUGUGGCACGGGGUACCAGUUUGUCCAUGCUGCUGACAUGCUGUACUGUGCUGAGAACCAUGUCAGGAUGAUGAAGACGGGUGAGAGUGGGCUGACGGUGUUCCGGCUGCUGACCAAGGACAACCGCUGGAAGUGGGUGCAGGCCAACGCCCGUCUCGUCUGCAAGAACGGCAAACCCGAGUACGUCGUGGUCACACAGAGACCCCUCGUAGAUGAAGAAGGAGGAGAGCACCUUCGGAAGCGGUCCAUGCAUCUUCCCUUCACCUUUGCUACAGGAGAGGCACUUCUAUACCAAAGUACUCAAGCCCUCCCAGGCUUCCCUGACCUUUUCCAGAGCAAAGGAAAACUCAGCAAGUCUAAGAAGCCCUCCUGCAGCAACGUAGGGCGCUCCCAGAAGAAUGGCAUUGACCCCAGGUCUCUGCUGGCUGCUGUGAUGCAGCAGGACAAGGCGGUGUACACCUCCCACUCAGCUCCCAUUCCAAACCCUUCCUUCAGCAGCACUUUGCAGCUCAAGGGUGUGUCCAUACCAGGUGCAGGAGAGGAUGCCUGGAGUAUGGGCACAGCUCCAUCUUCUUCAAGGGGCAACAGCCUCCAAGAGAAGCUGCUGGAUUUGCAGCAGGAGGACCCUCUCCUGGCCACCGUGGACUUACUCUCAAUAAAGAGUGACCAGAGCUGUUCCAACGAGCUCUUCAGUGCUUUGGAGGGCCUGGGCUUGAAUGGUGAGGACCUGGAGCUCCUGCUGCAGGAUGAGAAAAUGGUGAUGGUCAGUACGGACCCAGAGCAGUCCCCAUCCCUGAAUAAAAGCCUGGCCAGCAACCAGAUUCUCUCCUAUGUCCCCAGGCCUCCAGUGAUGGGCCAUGAGGGAGGGCAGCAGGUCUGUCCCCUGCCAGACACGCCCCCCAGCCCGCAGCGAGGAGGCACUGCUCCGUGCCACAUGGAGAACAAGGACUCGGGCUGCCACCUGGCACAGCAUGCAGGGCAGCCCAGCACUGCCCUGGCCCAGCCCCCCCUGCUGCUGUGGGAGCAGCCACAGGGAGACUUGCAGGGAGACUUCUCAGUCAUGCAGCCCCUCCAAGAGGAUAUCCAGCAGUCCUUCUCCCUACCCAGCCAGUGCCAGGACCACGUGGCACCACCCAGCCAGCCCAAGCAGCAUCACCUGCUGAUGAACGGGGUGUGUGGCCCCUGGCCCAGCUCUUCUCCACAGCCCGGCCCAUGGCAGGACUGUGUGUGCCCUCUGCUGCGGGCUCCAACUCAGCCUGGCAUUCAUGGCCUCAGCAGAGAUGUGAACUCCCAGCCCCAGGGCUACCUGGGCCCCAGGCCUGGCCUGCCCCCACAGCAGUUUAACCUGGAUGGAUUAUGCAGUCUGGAUGCUGCUGGCACUGGGGACUCCUGGGAAGAGAUGGCUCCAUUCCCCAGGAUUUUUCCCCCUUUCUCCCAGCUCAUUCCUGAAAAGCAGCUCAGCUCUGUUCUUUCCGUGCCCCAGCACUCUUCCCCCAGCUCAGCUGCAGGGCGCUUUGGGAGCAUCAGCAGCCCUCUGGAGACACUGAAUUCCUAUGGGACACGUGGCUCUGCGCAGAGCCAGGAGGGCAGGCACAGGCCCCGCAGCCGCUGUGUUUUGCCCAGCUCUCCCAUGGGACUGCCCCAAGACCAUCCAGUGCUGGGGGGAAGCCUGGCACUGCCCUGCCAGCCUCAGCCCCGGGCAGAAGUGCUGCCAAAUCCCCCUCACACCUCCAGGGGAGACUUCUGUCUCUAGGAGAGACAGGAAUGGACAAAGGAGGACUUUUCCCUGGGGAAGGAGCUACCUUCAAGCUGCAGAAAACAAACCUUCCCCGCUGCUGUGCGCAUCGUGCCGGUGCUGUUGAUGCUGGUUGCUUUGGUUCACCUGGGGGUUUUUUCUCAACUUACCACCAUCCUGCUCCCUGUGCUGGGGUCCCUGGCGUGGGGAGGGACAGCAGCAGGCAGCAGGGCUGGAGGACAGAUUUCCCAGGGCGCUGGAGCAGGCUGAGCUGUGGUUGCAGGUCGCCCCAUGAGUGCAACCAACGCUUUCACCAAAGCUUUCACCAAAGCUUUUGAAACCAAAGCUUUGUAUUUCCAUGCAUGAUCCAGCAUGGAUACCAGUCUCAUGAAGGCCUGUACUAAAGAAAGACACAGAAAUGUUUUCACCUUUGGUAUUACAUUUCCUGCCAUCCCUGCCAGGAACCUGUGGCUGUGGCCGUAUUGUACAGAUAUUGCCUGUUUUAUAAGGAAAAUGAGCUCUGUGUGGUGUUCUUGUGCUGCUCUGGUCCUUCCCCACCCUAACUUUCCCUGUGUCCCAGGUGCUCCAAGUAUUUGGGAUCCAGGUUAGAGCUCCUGUAGCAAACACCCUGGGCUUUGCUGUACUGUACAAGACAUGCUGAGAUUGACUGCUAAGCUGGUUUUCUCUGGGUGCUGGCCUCUCAGGUACCCUCAGACUUCAAGUCUCAAAGUUUUCAGUUAAAAACCAGAAAUUUCAAUAAGAUAAAGAAAAUAAGUAGAAUGCUACUGAAUUGUAAGUACUGAGAGAGUGAUGUUUUCCCACAGAAAAAAACCCCACAGCCCAUAUGUGUGUGUGUGUAUAACAUGAGUUGACAGAUUUAUUUGUAUGCCACUCCAGUGGAAGGAAAAAACAACCUCUUACCAUCCCAAAGCAGCAUCCUGUGGCAUGGGAUGAAAAGGUUGUUUAAAGAUCAGGAAGACGGUGACCCUUUAAGAAACCUGACGAAGCUCAUCCCUCCUCCUGCUCGCCCAGCUUUGCAUUCAUGUGAAUUCCUCUUGGUAUUGUUUCAAUAAAUGGUUUUGGAGCUCC